AUGGCGAGCCCAUUACAAGCAAAGCUUCUGCAGGAUGAGCACGCGGAUGGUACGGGGCAUGCUGUUGUGGAUGCUGUGGUGUUCACGACCGAUGUCGGCGUCAUCCGUUGCAUAGCAGACAUGAGAUCUCGCGGCGCUUGUGUGGGGCUGGUCAUCCACGAGAACCCGCCGGAAGAGAGGCACUUCGACUUCACCAUCUCCUUCAAGUAUCUUCUCAACGCAGCUGAAUCGACCAAGACCUCUACCCCUUGUGGAACUCCGAGAGCAAGUGACAAGGUCAGGCAGGACGCUUCCUUGGGUGAAGGUGAGGGCGUCAACAGCCCAGCAGGCACGAUCGAUUCGUUCCCGAGAGUCAGCAGGAGGGGCUCGGAGGAGGAGGCACAGAGCGAGAGGGAGCAGAACCUUGCGAGCAGACCCGACGAAAGCAUGCUGUCCUGCUCCUCUAGCCCUUGGAGUCCAGCUGAGAGGAGGGAGAAGCGGGAAGGAAUAAAGUCCAGCAUGAACGCUGUGCUCGGAAGUAAAUGGCACCAGUCAAUGCUGAUCCAGCACAACGCCGCUCACGGGAUGAGCGGCCACGCAUGA